ACGUUCAUACACAGUCGUUGUACGUUGGUCACUCAGAAAUGUUCUCUCUCUUACGCCACCAAAUGUCCUCUUGUUAUGGUGGCAGACGCUCCAUAGCAACUGUCAUCUCUGGAAACACAACAUCCAAGCUUGUGAGGGAGCGGCUGAAAAGGGAAGUGGACAAGAUGAAGAUGUCAGAGUUCAGACCAAGUCUGGUGGUUCUACAGGUGGGAAACAGAGAAGACUCCAACUUGUACAUCAGCAGUAAAAUGAAAGCUGCAGCUGAGGUGGGCAUUGACGCUGCGCACGUGAGGCUGCCCAACACAUCCACACAAAAGGAGGUGCUGAGGGCCAUCAUGUCCGUCAACGAGGACACAUCUGUGCACGGCCUUAUUGUCCAACUUCCUCUGGACUCUGUGCACGCCAUCGACAUGGAGCUAAUCACCAACGCUGUCUCGCCGCUCAAAGACGUGGACGGGCUGAGUUGCAUCAAUGCAGGGAAGUUGUCUCGUGGAGACUUGAACAAAUGUUUCAUCCCGUGCACACCCAACGGCUGCAUGGAACUAAUCAGACAGACAGGUGUGGGCGUGGCAGGAAAACACGCUGUGGUGGUCGGCCGCAGUAAGAUCGUGGGCGCGCCUAUGCAUGACCUGCUGCUGUGGCAUCACGCUACCGUCACCACCUGCCACUCAAGGACGCGCGACCUACCUGAGCAGGUGGGCAGGGCAGACAUCCUGGUGGUGGGGGCAGGAAAAGCAGAAAUGGUGCAUGGAGAUUGGCUGAAAGAGGGCUCCGUGGUCAUUGACUGUGGAAUCAAUCACGUGCCAGACGAAACCAAGGCUAGCGGCAAGCGCGUGGUCGGCGACGUCCACUACCCCUCAGCCAAUCAGAAAGCAGGAUACAUCACUCCAGUUCCUGGAGGGGUGGGACCAAUGACGGUGGCCAUGCUCAUGCAGAACACGGUGAUCAGUGCUCAGCGCUUCCUUGCCAACAUGGACUGAUGUCAUCCAAAUAAAUUUGCUGAAGAAGGAUGUGAUGUCACCCUCACCAAACACCCCAAGCGUUGCGUCCGAAUUGGACUAAUCAGCAGCCAAGGGGCGUGGCUAACAUGCUCUCCCAUACAUUUUCUCUUCUCUGACAGCGAACUUGUAAGCUUUCGUCACCACGACGACGACCAUCAUGUUCAUUAGUCACAUGAUCAGGAAUUGAAACUGUCAAAAUAAAAGCAGAACGACAAGGAA